AUGUCUACCUGUCCUCAAAACAUUGGCAUUAAGGCCAUUGAGCUUUACUUCCCCAGCCAGUGUGUCGACCAAGCCGAGCUGGAGAAGUUCGAUGGCGUUAGCCAGGGUAAAUAUACAAUUGGUCUUGGCCAAACCAAGAUGAGCUUCUGCGAUGAUAGAGAAGACAUCUAUUCUUUCGCCCUCACCGUCCUCUCAAACCUUCUCAGCAAGUACAAGAUCGAUACCAACUCGAUUGGACGCCUGGAAGUUGGAACUGAGACCAUCCUCGACAAAUCCAAGUCUGUCAAGUCAGUUCUGAUGCAAUUAUUUGGAGACAACACAAAUAUUGAGGGUGUGGACACUGUCAAUGCUUGUUAUGGAGGCACCAACGCCCUUUUCAACGCCGUCAACUGGGUUGAAUCUUCAGGCUGGGAUGGACGAGAUGCGAUCGUUGUCACUGGUGAUAUCGCACUAUAUGCUAAGGGUGCUGCUCGUCCUACCGGAGGUGCUGGUAUCAUUGCCAUGUUGAUUGGUCCCAAUGCACCCAUUGUUGUCGAGCCAGGUCUUCGAGGAACUUACAUGCAACAUGCCUACGAUUUCUACAAGCCAGAUUUGACCAGCGAGUAUCCUGUUGUCGACGGUCAUUUCUCUAACAGAUGCUAUACUGAGGCUGUCGAUGCAUGCUACAAGGCGUACAAUAAGAGAGAAGCACACCUCAAGUCUCUUGCCAACGGACACACCAACGGCACCAACGGGCAUACUGAGGAAGACGUUGCAACCACCAAGACUACCCUCGACAAAUUCGACUACAUGAGCUUCCACGCUCCUAACUGCAAACUUGUCGCAAAGUCCUAUGGCCGCCUGCUCUAUAACGACUACCUUAGCAACCCAUCCUCCCCAGCGUUUGCUGACGUACCUGCCGAGCUUCGGGAUAUGGACUACUCCAAGUCUCUCGCCGACAAGGUCGUUGAGAAAACCUUCAUGGGCUUGACCAAGAAGCGCUUCAACGAGCGUGUUCAACCCAGUACCACUGCUCCCACCAUGUGCGGAAACAUGUACUGCGCGAGUGUGUACAGCGGGUUGGUCAGUCUCAUCAGCAACAUUGACAGUGAAACCUUGCAAGGAAAGAGAAUAGGAGUCUUCAGCUACGGCAGUGGUCUCGCCUCAAGCUUGUUCUCCCUCAAGGUUGUCGGCUCGACAGAAGCUAUGGCAAAAGUCGUAAACCUGAAGGAGAGAUUGGCUGCCCGACAAACCCUUGCCCCAGAAGUCUACGAAGAGUUCUGCAAUCUCCGCAAGAAGGCCCAUCUCCAAAAGGACUACUCGCCAGCAGGCAAGUCAGAGACCAUCGCCAGCGGUGUCUACUACCUAGAGAACGUCGACGACAUGUUCCGCCGCAAAUACAGCAUCAAGGCAUAA